AUGCUUUCAGUUUACAAACCGCGCUUUCUUACGGGAGAAAAGGGACGUGGAGACGGACGGGGAGGAAAACACGGAAGGCAAACUUUACUGGGUCCACCGUCCCGGGGAGCCGUAUGGCCAGCAGUUGCAGGAGGGGGAGCAUGGCCCAUAGCUGCACCGGUGCACCUCAGCCCACUUCCUGUGCCGGUGGCAACGUCGCAUUGGGCGCUCUCCGGCUGUCGAUUGCCGGCUACCAUUCCGACAGGGAAGCGUUUGAUUGGGUCCUGUGUCAAUGAGAUGAGCAACCUCAACGAUUCUGAGAAAGCGAUAUGUGAGCUCAUGGUUGGCUUUUUGGAGCACAAAUCUGCAACUGAGGCCGAGUGUAUCAUGUCGGAGGUGGACGAAAUGGUUUGUUCCCGUCGCUUGCUCUCACAGUACAGUGGUGUGUACGCUAGUAAAUGCCCCGGUGACGCAAAUGGAGGGAAAGACGAACCGUUGCGUGGAAAAACUCAGCUUAUUCGCUUCCUUCGGCAGCAGCAAGAGGAAAAGGAGGAGCGGGAGAAGAACUGGGAGCAGAGGCGGCGCCAGCGCAUCGCCAGGGAAGCAGCGGAGAGAAGAGAAUCACGAGAGAGGUGGAAGAAAAUGUUUCUGCACAACGUAGAGGGAAAAAGCAAAAGGGAAGCCCUUCCAAAAACAGCUAAGAGAAAGGCACAAAUUGGAAGGUGUAUCGACAAAGAAGCUGCCAAUAUAAAACACAAACAACGACGGUGUGAAGACGAGGACUUUAGAUUAACAUCUCUAAGCGAUUCCACUUUCACUGACUCUUUAUGCGGCUACCCACAACAUGUGCCGAACGUGGCAAGGCCCAUCAGAGUGCCAGCUGCAACCGAGCGAUUCGCUAAUGCAAGCGAAAAACUCACUAGGGAGGUGGCAGGUGCGCAAUAUAUACGAGUCCCAAGGGAAAUGCCGACAAGCAUACGCGUCGCUUCUUCUGACAGCGAGAAUACGGAAGAUAUUAUCGAAAAAACAGAUAAGUUGGUGGGGGACAGGUUAGAGGUGUUCAAACAACGGCAAAACACAAACGACACGAGAUCCAAAGAAUCAUUUAUUGCAGCAAUUCAGAAAAGUUAUAGCGCACAGGGUGAUGAAAGACCACUCACGACAACAGAAAACCAGCAGCAAAUGACAAAAAAAGAUAAUCAACUGAGAAGCACAGAAGUGGAGAAAAAAACCCAGGACCCAACAUCAAUUACAGCUACCAUCCGAUACACCAAACAGGAGGAUGACAUCAAAAAUAAACAAAACGCCAUUUCAGAAAGAGGACUCAGUACAUCAACGAACCAAAAACAAACAGAAACAUUAAUUACUUCUAACAAUCAACAUUCAGUUGAUGAGCGCCACCAAUCAGACGAUCGACAGCACUCCAAACGUUCUGAAUCCAAGAAGGAGUUGCAGGAAUCAUUGCAUUCCAACAAGUCUGCAGUGAAGGAUGGUGAACCUGAACUUGAGGCUUCUCAAGGUUCGAAGAAGUCACAGCGGUCCCGUGAGUCUAUUCGUGAGGGUUUUGCUGAUGAUUUGCAAUCACAGGGUUCUCAACAUUCUAAACGUUCUGAAUCCAAGAAGGAGUUGCAGGAAUCACUACAUUCCAACAAGUCUGCAGUGAAGGAUGGUGAACCUGAACUUGAGGCUUCUCAAGGUUCGAAGAAGUCACAGCGGUCCCGUGAGUCUAUUCGUGAAGGUCUUGCUGAUGAUUUGCAAUCACAGGGUUCUCAACAUUCUAAACGUUCUGAAUCCAAGAAGGAGUUGCAGGAAUCACUACAUUCCAACAAGUCUGCAGUGAAGGAUGGUGAACCUGAACUUGAGGCUUCUCAAGGUUCGAAGAAGUCACAGCGGUCCCGUGAGUCUAUUCGUGAGGGUUUUGUUGAUGAUUUGCAAUCACAGGGUUCUCAACAUUCUAAACGUUCUGAAUCCAAGAAGGAGUUGCAGGAAUCACUACAUUCCAACAAGUCUGCAGUGAAGGAUGGUGAACCUGAACUUGAGGCUUCUCAAGGUUCGAAGAAGUCACAGCGGUCCCGUGAGUCUAUUCGUGAAGGUCUUGCUGAUGAUUUGCAAUCACAGGGUUCUCAACAUUCUAAACGUUCUGAAUCCAAGAAGGAGUUGCAGGAAUCACUACAUUCCAACAAGUCUGCAGUGAAGGAUGGUGAACCUGAACUUGAGGCUUCUCAAGGUUCGAAGAAGUCACAGCGGUCCCGUGAGUCUAUUCGUGAGGGUUUUGCUGAUGAUUUGCAAUCACAGGGUUCUCAACAUUCUAAACGUUCUGAAUCCAAGAAGGAGUUGCAGGAAUCACUACAUUCCAACAAGUCUGCAGUGAAGGAUGGUGAACCUGAACUUGAGGCUUCUCAAGGUUCGAAGAAGUCACAGCGGUCCCGUGAGUCUAUUCGUGAGGGUCUUGCUGAUGAUUUGCAAUCACAGGGUUCUCAACAUUCUAAACGUUCUGAAUCCAAGAAGGAGUUGCAGGAAUCACUACAUUCCAACAAGUCUGCAGUGAAGGAUGGUGAACCUGAACUUGAGGCUUCUCAAGGUUCGAAGAAGUCACAGCGGUCCCGUGAGUCUAUUCGUGAGGGUUUUGUUGAUGAUUUGCAAUCACAGGGUUCUCAACAUUCUAAACGUUCUGAAUCCAAGAAGGAGUUGCAGGAAUCAUUGCAUUCCAACAAGUCUGCAGUGAAGGAUGGUGAACCUGAACUUGAGGCUUCUCAAGGUUCGAAGAAGUCACAGCGGUCCCGUGAGUCUAUUCGUGAGGGUUUUGUUGAUGAUUUGCAAUCACAGGGUUCUCAACAUUCUAAACGUUCUGAAUCCAAGAAGGAGUUGCAGGAAUCAUUGCAUUCCAACAAGUCUGCAGUGAAGGAUGGUGAACCUGAACUUGAGGCUUCUCAAGGUUCGAAGAAGUCACAGCGGUCCCGUGAGUCUAUUCGUGAGGGUUUUGUUGAUGAUUUGCAAUCACAGGGUUCUCAACAUUCUAAACGUUCUGAAUCCAAGAAGGAGUUGCAGGAAUCACUACAUUCCAACAAGUCUGCAGUGAAGGAUGGUGAACCUGAACUUGAGGCUUCUCAAGGUUCGAAGAAGUCACAGCGGUCCCGUGAGUCUAUUCGUGAGGGUUUUGUUGAUGAUUUGCAAUCACAGGGUUCUCAACAUUCUAAACGUUCUGAAUCCAAGAAGGAGUUGCAGGAAUCAUUGCAUUCCAACAAGUCUGCAGUGAAGGAUGGUGAACCUGAACUUGAGGCUUCUCAAGGUUCGAAGAAGUCACAGCGGUCCCGUGAGUCUAUUCGUGAGGGUUUUGUUGAUGAUUUGCAAUCACAGGGUUCUCAACAUUCUAAACGUUCUGAAUCCAAGAAGGAGUUGCAGGAAUCAUUGCAUUCCAACAAGUCUGCAGUGAAGGAUGGUGAACCUGAACUUGAGGCUUCUCAAGGUUCGAAGAAGUCACAGCGGUCCCGUGAGUCUAUUCGUGAGGGUUUUGUUGAUGAUUUGCAAUCACAGGGUUCUCAACAUUCUAAACGUUCUGAAUCCAAGAAGGAGUUGCAGGAAUCACUACAUUCCAACAAGUCUGCAGUGAAGGAUGGUGAACCUGAACUUGAGGCUUCUCAAGGUUCGAAGAAGUCACAGCGGUCCCGUGAGUCUAUUCGUGAAGGUCUUGCUGAUGAUUUGCAAUCACAGGGUUCUCAACAUUCUAAACGUUCUGAAUCCAAGAAGGAGUUGCAGGAAUCAUUGCAUUCCAACAAGUCUGCAGUGAAGGAUGGUGAACCUGAACUUGAGGCUUCUCAAGGUUCGAAGAAGUCACAGCGGUCCCGUGAGUCUAUUCGUGAGGGUUUUGUUGAUGAUUUGCAAUCACAGGGUUCUCAACAUUCUAAACGUUCUGAAUCCAAGAAGGAGUUGCAGGAAUCACUACAUUCCAACAAGUCUGCAGUGAAGGAUGGUGAACCUGAACUUGAGGCUUCUCAAGGUUCGAAGAAGUCACAGCGGUCCCGUGAGUCUAUUCGUGAGGGUUUUGUUGAUGAUUUGCAAUCACAGGGUUCUCAACAUUCUAAACGUUCUGAAUCCAAGAAGGAGUUGCAGGAAUCAUUGCAUUCCAACAAGUCUGCAGUGAAGGAUGGUGAACCUGAACUUGAGGCUUCUCAAGGUUCGAAGAAGUCACAGCGGUCCCGUGAGUCUAUUCGUGAGGGUUUUGUUGAUGAUUUGCAAUCACAGGGUUCUCAACAUUCUAAACGUUCUGAAUCCAAGAAGGAGUUGCAGGAAUCACUACAUUCCAACAAGUCUGCAGUGAAGGAUGGUGAACCUGAACUUGAGGCUUCUCAAGGUUCGAAGAAGUCACAGCGGUCCCGUGAGUCUAUUCGUGAGGGUUUUGUUGAUGAUUUGCAAUCACAGGGUUCUCAACAUUCUAAACGUUCUGAAUCCAAGAAGGAGUUGCAGGAAUCACUACAUUCCAACAAGUCUGCAGUGAAGGAUGGUGAACCUGAACUUGAGGCUUCUCAAGGUUCGAAGAAGUCACAGCGGUCCCGUGAGUCUAUUCGUGAAGGUCUUGCUGAUGAUUUGCAAUCACAGGGUUCUCAACAUUCUAAACGUUCUGAAUCCAAGAAGGAGUUGCAGGAAUCACUACAUUCCAACAAGUCUGCAGUGAAGGAUGGUGAACCUGAACUUGAGGCUUCUCAAGGUUCGAAGAAGUCACAGCGGUCCCGUGAGUCUAUUCGUGAGGGUUUUGUUGAUGAUUUGCAAUCACAGGGUUCUCAACAUUCUAAACGUUCUGAAUCCAAGAAGGAGUUGCAGGAAUCAUUGCAUUCCAACAAGUCUGCAGUGAAGGAUGGUGAACCUGAACUUGAGGCUUCUCAAGGUUCGAAGAAGUCACAGCGGUCCCGUGAGUCUAUUCGUGAGGGUUUUGUUGAUGAUUUGCAAUCACAGGGUUCUCAACAUUCUAAACGUUCUGAAUCCAAGAAGGAGUUGCAGGAAUCACUACAUUCCAACAAGUCUGCAGUGAAGGAUGGUGAACCUGAACUUGAGGCUUCUCAAGGUUCGAAGAAGUCACAGCGGUCCCGUGAGUCUAUUCGUGAAGGUCUUGCUGAUGAUUUGCAAUCACAGGGUUCUCAACAUUCUAAACGUUCUGAAUCCAAGAAGGAGUUGCAGGAAUCACUACAUUCCAACAAGUCUGCAGUGAAGGAUGGUGAACCUGAACUUGAGGCUUCUCAAGGUUCGAAGAAGUCACAGCGGUCCCGUGAGUCUAUUCGUGAGGGUUUUGUUGAUGAUUUGCAAUCACAGGGUUCUCAACAUUCUAAACGUUCUGAAUCCAAGAAGGAGUUGCAGGAAUCAUUGCAUUCCAACAAGUCUGCAGUGAAGGAUGGUGAACCUGAACUUGAGGCUUCUCAAGGUUCGAAGAAGUCACAGCGGUCCCGUGAGUCUAUUCGUGAGGGUUUUGUUGAUGAUUUGCAAUCACAGGGUUCUCAACAUUCUAAACGUUCUGAAUCCAAGAAGGAGUUGCAGGAAUCAUUGCAUUCCAACAAGUCUGCAGUGAAGGAUGGUGAACCUGAACUUGAGGCUUCUCAAGGUUCGAAGAAGUCACAGCGGUCCCGUGAGUCUAUUCGUGAGGGUUUUGUUGAUGAUUUGCAAUCACAGGGUUCUCAACAUUCUAAACGUUCUGAGUCCAAGAAGGAGUUGCAGGAAUCACUACAUUCCAACAAGUCUGCAGUGAUGACUAAUGGCUUCUCUGUUGAUGUUAGGAAUUCUGGUGGUUGUCGACAGGAAAAGAACUUUUCGGAUUGUGUUGGACCGUUGUUUUCCUCGAGGUCGCAUUUGUCUGUUCACAUGGAUACACGUGGUGAUGUUGAUGUUUCUCCUCCUUUUCAUGAUAUUUCUAGUGCUGGUGCUGGUGCUGAAGCUCCGCUGUCAAUGGGACAGUCUGUUUCUUCUUUAGAUGCUUUACCGAUGCCGGAGUUUGUUGGGCCGCUUAAAGGUUAA